AUGCCAGUAUAUCCACUCAAAAAUGAAGCCCCAUCUUGGCAGAUCCCAUCUGCACAAGUUAACACGGAGCUAACUAAAUUUCACAAAAAGGAAACACCAACAGUACAACUGAGGUCUCAUUUUCAAGGUAUCCUGGAACAGUACACAUGUGCCGAAACCAUCUACACAGACGGUUCGAAAACUGCCUCAGGAGUUGGUUGCUCGAUUAUCAUAAACGGGGUUGCCCAUUUAUGGACUCUCCCACCAAUGACAUCGAUUUUCACAGCCGAACAGUAUGCAAUUUUACAGGCGCUUAAAUACUGCCAGAUAGAGUCAAAAAGCAACCUUACUCUUAUAGUCAGCGAUUCUUUGGGCACCCUACAUGGUAUGUCAAAUCGUUAUUCCCGUGAUCCGGUAAUCUUAGCAUGCCUUCAGACAUUAAAGGUGUUGAUGGAUGGCGACAAGAGGGUAGUCUUUAUAUGGGUACCAGGACACGUAGGUAUACUAGGAAAUGAACUGGCAGAUCAAUCUGGAAGGCAGGCUGCUGCCGCAACUGGAAUAGACUGUACAAUAGUGAAAGCACCAGACAUGAAAAUGAAAAUUGGACAAUGCAUAACAGAAGCAUGGCAAAGACAGUGGAACAAUGAACCUACUCAGCUAAGAACAAUAAAACCUGAUGGCUAUAUUUCUAUCCUAGGUUCUGAUACUUCUGGCUCAGAAGAAAAAACAUCAGACAGCGAGUCGGAAGUAGAAAUGCAUGACCCAUAG